AUGGCGUGCUGCAUCUUCACGUUGGCAGCAACGGAAAGAUCAAUGAACGAGGGGUUCGGCAGGGCUAGUCGCUCCGUAGCCGACACCAUCCAGUAUCGGAUGUCGGCCUCUUGCUUCACGACUCCAAUCUGCUCGAGCAUAAGCAAAUCGAAAUGGGCGACACCUCCAAUGGUCUGCCUCCCUUGCAAAUCGAUCCCGAGAUGUUCGGCCAAACAUGUGACCAGUCCUCCCACCGCGAUGGGAUCACGGCGCGACUGGACUCGAAACAGCCCGUCGAUGAUAGCAGGAAUCGUCUUCAGUCGUUUCCCCUUAAGCAUGCACCAGAGCAAUUGUAGCUCAACCUUUUGA